AUGGGUAAGCGUAAGAAGUCAAGUCGUCAACCCCAGACCACCAGAAAGAGAGAACCCCUUCCAAGCACAUUUGCCUGUCUCUUUUGCAACCACGAAAACUCCAUCAUUGUGAAAUUGGACAAAAAACUGGGGUUGGGACAUCUCUCCUGCAAAGUGUGCGGGCAAAGAUUUCAGACGGGCAUCAACUACCUUUCCGCAGCGGUUGAUGUAUACUCCGACUGGGUCGACGCAUGUGACGCAGUGGCUAAAGAUGCGGCAAAUAAAUACGAAGAAAGUGAUGCGCAUGGAAUACGGUCCAGCAAUCGCCCAUUGUCUCCCGACGACCGAGGUGUUGAGCUUGCGGAGCAGACGGGCCACUAUGACGAUUACUGA